AUGGCCAGACAAUAUCUAUUCACUUUUUCCAUUGUUGUCAUUUUUCUUCCAACAGUCAACUUUGCUGGAGAGUUUAUAGUUGGUGAUGAAGCUAGAUGGACAUCAACAUACGGUUAUGAAGUUUUCAAGUAUACUAUUGAACUUCACAACAUGUAUCAAGUGAACGAAGAUGCCUACAAGAACUGCAUUAUUCCACAAGAUGGAGUAUUAGCUUCAGGAGAGGAUACAAUUACUCUUGAAAGCCCAGGGCCAAAAUAUUUUGUUUGUGGUGUAGGGUUGCACUGCGAGAAAGGUGGCCAAAAGCUCUUAAUAAAUGUGAAACAAAGAGACACACAAGGGCCAAUCCAAGAUGCAAAAACACCUUCUAAAUCUCUAGUUGUAGCACCUUCUCAAUCUCCAGCUACAAAUGCCUUACCAAAUGCACUACCUUCUCAAUUCUCCAAUACAAAUGGCCCACCAUAUGCACAACCUAUUGGAACAAUCUUCUGUGUGAACGUCAAGAAGGGUUUCAAGAUCAAGGAUCUUCUUUAUGUGUUGGUCACUUGGCCUUUUAUUUGUAGGCGGAAUGCCAUUGAUAUAAAAAGGUUAAACCCUUUCUUUUAA